GCCCCAUCCUCCUCCUCUCAUCGAUCGCUCGCGCCCGCCCAUCCAUCCAUCUAUCCCUCUCGAUCGUCUCGUGUGUACGUUGACGACGUCGCCUAGACGUAGAGGGAGGGAGAGGUGGGCCGGUCCAUCGAGCUAGCUGAGGGGAAAUCGUAAGCUAAGCUAAGGGACUAGUCGUCGUCGUUGUAGCUAGCUAUGGCAGCGGCGGCGAGCAGGGUGGUGUGGGUGAACGGGCCGAUCGUGGUGGGCGCGGGGCCGGCGGGGCUGUCGGUGGCGGCGUGCCUGCGGGCGCGCGGGGUGCCGUCGGUGGUGCUGGACCGCGCCGACUGCGUCGCCUCCCUGUGGCAGCGCCGCACCUACGACCGCCUGCGCCUCCACCUGCCGCGCCACUUCUGCGAGCUCCCGGGGAUGCCCUUCCCGGACCACUACCCGGAGUACCCCACCAAGCGCCAGUUCGUCGACUACCUCGAGGCCUACGCGGCGCGCGCCGGCGUCGAGCCGCGCUUCAACCAGGCCGUCACGUCCGCGCGCUACGACGCCGCGGCGGGGCUGUGGCGGGUGCGCGCCGAGGACGCCGCGGCCGGGGACGCCGCCACCGAGUACAUCGGCCGCUGGCUCGUCGUCGCCACGGGCGAGAACGCCGAGCGCAUCGUCCCCGAGUUCGACGGCGCCGAGGAAUUCGCCGGGCCCGUCUCCCACGUCUCCGAGUACAAGUCCGGCGAGGCCUACCGCGGCAAGCGCGUCCUCGUCGUCGGCUGCGGUAACUCCGGCAUGGAGGUCUGCCUCGACCUCUGCGACCACAAUGCCCUCCCCGCCAUGGUCGUCAGGGACUCGAAGGUGCACGUCCUGCCGCGGGAGAUGUUCGGCGUCGCGACCUUCUCCGUCGCCGUCUUCCUCCUCCGCUUCCUGCCGCUCUGGCUGGUCGACAGGAUCCUCGUCCUCCUCGCGCGGAUCUUCCUCGGCAACCUGGACAAGCUCGGCAUCCGGCGCCCGUCGGGGGGCCCGCUGGAGCUCAAGAACACCAGGGGCAGGACGCCCGUGCUCGACAUCGGCGCGCUCGACAGGAUCCGCUCCGGCGACAUCGAGGUCGUGCCGGGGAUCAAAAGGUUCUUCCGCGGAGGCGCCGAGCUCGUCGACGGCCGUCGCGUCGCCGCCGACGCGGUCAUCCUCGCCACCGGCUACCACAGCAACGUCCCUCAGUGGCUCAAGGGAAGUGACUUCUUCACCCAGGAAGGGUACCCCAGGGUGCCGUUCCCAGACGGCUGGAAGGGGGAGUCAGGGCUCUACUCUGUUGGCUUCACCAGGAGAGGCCUCUCCGGCGUCUCCUCCGACGCCGUCAAGGUUGCGCAGGACAUCGCCAUGGCAUGGGAGCAGCAAACCUCCACAUUAUGAUGGAUGGAUGGAGUUUGAUGCUGAUAAACAUACCGAUGACCAUCGUUAACCGUGAUAAAAGACCUGCUAACUUCACAUAUCUUGUCAUCGAAUCGGUGCAUGUCCAAUAAAGCUCGACGCAAUUUGGCCAAGGAUCUUCCAGGCACAUCAAGUUCAGAGAUAUGCGAUCAUCAUGGAGUAGGCAGAGAGGUUCAGGGAAUGAAACCAUAAGCCAAGAGACAGAGGAGCGAGAAACUUGGGAAUUCAGCGGAUCCAGAGGUGCCAGCGGCAGGAACAAAAUGGAAGAGAGCCAUGGAUGAUGCUUCGAUCAACGAUGGCGAGGAGGCCGGAUUGUGCGCAUCAAGUAGAGCCCAGAUUUUGCUGUACCCAUGGGCCCUUGUGUAUGUACAGUACAGAGUGUUGUGUAGUAAAGUUGUGUAUAGUACUACUUCUAGUGGUUGUUAGAGUGUUAGAGUUGACAUGCAUGUGUACUACCUUGAUGUUCAUGUAUGGGGUUGACAAUGAGAAUGACAUAUUCUAUUUAAUCUUCUUUACAGCAA